AAAAAUCCACAAAUAUGAAUGGCAGUACAUGUAAUAAAACCGAACUUCGAGGGUAAUUUUGUGAAUCCCUCCCGAAAUUAUUAAAUUGCUGCAGCUACGCUCCUUCGUUUCUCAGAGCUUCUUCUCCGUUUGGCGCAGAACUGAUGAACAGAGCAAUGGAGCUCCAAGCCAGUAACAAUGGCGGCGAAAAUUUGGAUUCAGAUAUCAAAACCGAGCUUCAAGAAGGCAUUAAUGGUGGACCUCACGGUGCUCAUGAACCUCAAUACGUGUUUGAGGACGUCGAUAGCGCCUGUUCCACUCCUUAUGUUAGUGCUCCAUCGAGCCCCGGCCGUGGCCCCGUCGGUGGAUUCUAUUACAGCGCCCCGGCUAGUCCAAUGCAUUUUGCUAUAACUAAAUCCUCGAGCUCGUCAGCUCAGUUGCCGUCUUCUUCGUUGAAAGACAGUCAUUCGUUUUCGUUCGAGUUUGAGUUCUCCGGGAGGUUUGGCUCUAUUGGCUCAGGUUCGAUCGGGUCCAUGAGCUCGGCGGAUGAGUUGUUCUUGAAUGGAAAGAUCCGGCCGAUGAAGCUUUCGACUCACUUGGAGCAGCCGCAGGUUUUGGCGCCAUUACUGGAUCUGGAAGGGGAAGAUGAAGAAGAUGAAGGAGGUGAAAUCGUAGGGUUUGUAAGAGGGAGAGAUCUUCGACUUCGCGAUAAAUCUCUCCGGCGGAGAACCAGAUCUAUGUCGCCGAUGAGAAAUACGCCGGUGGAAUGGACUGAAAAUGACGAUGGAGAUUUGAACACUGAGAGGAACGAUUCAGAAGAAGGAAAAACAAUGGAGAAGAAUGAAGAAGAAGGGUUUAUGAGUUCAGAAACGACUACUCCUUCAGUUUCGGGUUCAUCUUCAAGAUCUUCAUCAGCCGGAAGAAACUCGAAGAGAUGGAUUUUCUUGAAGGAUUUUCUAUACAGAAGCAAGAGUGAAGGAAGAAGCAGUAAUCACAAAUUCUGGUCCAACAUUUCAUUUUCUUCAGCAAAAGAGAAAAAACCCACAACAAAUCAAACAGCAUCCACUUCCACUUCCACUUCAUCUUCAGCAAAGCAAAAGGCUACAAAACCCUCAGCACAGAAGCUGAAGGGGGGAAGUGGACAAGUUCCGGCGAAGAAGCCGGGGGCCGGAAAACCGACGAACGGCGUCGGAAAGCGGCGUAUUCCGCCGUCGCCACAUGAACUGCACUACACAAAAAACAGAGCACAAGCAGAGGAGCUGAGGAAGAAGACAUACUUGCCUUAC